UGGCGAUGGUGGUAGUGAUUGCAGCGAAAGUAGCGGUAGGAAUGAUGGUAGCGAUAGUGGUUGUACUGAUAGUAAUAGUAGAAGUAAUAGUAAUAGUGGUGAUGAGCAUGGUACUGAUGAUAAUAGUAGUAGUAAAAGAGGUGAUGGUGCUGGUGGUGGUAGUGGUGGUGUUGGUAGUGGUGAUGAGGAUGGUUUUAGCAGUAGCAGUACAGUGGUGGUGAUGCUUGUAAUUAUAGUAGUAAGAGUAGUGGUGGUGAUGGUGGCAUUAGUAAUAAUGAGUGGUGGUGGUGGCAGUGGUGUUGGUAGUAAUGGUGGUGGUGGUGGUGGCGGUGGUGGUGGUGGUGGUGAUGCGCAACAGGCAGAUUUGAUGGCCUGGGAGGGAAGGGAAGAGCAGACAGGAUGUGUUUCUUUUUUUUUUAUUAUUAUUAUUGUUUUUUUAUUAUUAUUUUAUCUAUGUAUUUAUUUAUUUAUUUUUUUUUCAUGUCUGAUCUUCUCUGUCUAUAUGUUCGUGUCUGUCCGUCGGUCUGUUCUCCUGUCUGAGAUUCUUAGCUGCAUUUUUCGCUCAUCCUUCGUUAUAUUGGCAUUUUUAUUCAUCUGUCUUCUUUAAAAAACACACACACACACACACACACACACACACACACACACACACACACACACACACACACACACACACACACACACACACACACACACACACACUUACUCUAUUUUUUUCAUACAGUUCUACGAGUGAGGAUUUAAAUUUUCGUUUUUAGUUUUGUUUGUUAAUCCUUUUGUUUUUUUUAUUUGUUUAUUAUUCUCCUGCGACUCGUAUAUUUCCUCUUUUAUUUCGCAUCUUCGGAGUCAUAGCCCGCUUCCAUCUUAUUUCCUCCCUUCCCUAAUGUCAGAGUUGUUGUUUCCCUCCUGCGGUGAAUGUUACGGGUGUGCUGCUUCGCUCCGGUGCUCCAGCAGUAGUCGUAAAGCUGCAGCCAAGUGUGCUCCUCGCUGCCAUACCCUCACUGAACUACCCCUGCUGUUUUGCGCGAGGCGGGACUGCUGGCGAGGUUGUGCAGUGUUACCUUCGUCAGUAUUGCGUUCUGGACUUUACUCUAAAGAAGGUUGGCUCGGCGUGUCUCUCAUAGCCACCAUCCUCGUGACUGGAACUGAGGUUACAAGAAGGCUCCCCUUCAUCGAUACACCAGCUGUCCGCUAGAUCGAGCGUAGGAGUCUGCCACUCAUCUGUUCACUUUGUCCUUUUGUUCGACAUUACAAGGAGCCUUUCCCUUCAUCCCUCACCGCUUGUUCGGCAAUUCGAAGGUAUAGAAAAAGCAAAUUAGCCUUCCCUUCACCCAUACACGUGUUCUUUGUUACCAGAGCACCUUGAACAUCCCUUUUGGCUUCCCCUUCAUCUGUACUUCAUCCAAGAACAUACCAAGCGCUCCCGUGAUCCGCCCCCCGUCUGCACCAUCUUAUAAGGACAUACCGAACAUUCCCUUAACUUCCUGCCGUGUGCGCCCCCUGCAGGCACUGAAAAUCUACUAAAAGGAACCCAAGGGCGUCUGCUACCUAAGGAGAAGAAAUAUACUGAAGUUUCUCUGCUCUACGCCGCUGCUUCGCUCUUCCCUGCGCCUGAAGGUGGCAUGGAAAGGCUUCUUGUGGUCUUGGUUCUCCUGGUGGGGAAGGCGACUGGAGCUAUGGAGAUGAAGAGAAUUCCUGUGGUGGGGGUCUCGGCGGUGCAUGGAGGAGGGGGCAGCGCUCCCUUGUGACGUGUAUCACCCCCCACAGGACGCCAUCAACCUGCUUUUGUGGUUUCGAGAUCCCCUCACCACUCCUAUUUACAGGCUGGACGGACGGCAGGAGGUGGAAAUGGAGUGGUGGGACAAGACGAGGUUGGGUUCCCGCGCCGCCCUUCAGGUUGGCGCGUCCCUGGCCUUGCUGCGCCUCGCUCCCCUCACCGACGCGGACCAGGGCCUCUACACCUGCCGCGUCGACUUCAGAAGUCAGCCAACCAAGACUACACGUGUUAAUUUGACGCUAAUCGUGCCGCCGGCCAGCGUGAGUGUCCUGGUGGGGGAGGGCGUGGAGGGGGGCGCCACGCCACUCCUGGCUAGCUCUGUGGUGGGGCCCUACCUGCUGGGGGAUGUGGUCGUGCUCACCUGCAUCGCCCACGGAGGCAGGCCGCGCCCCUGGGUGGUGUGGGUGGAGGGCUCCAGGGUGCUGGACGCAGAAAUGGAGUCGGAAUCAUACAUGAACAUCACGGAUACGCUCGCGGAUGGCCUUAACCAAACUACUAACACACUGGCGGGGGCGCAGACGGAGGAGCCCUUCAACACCCUUACCCUUGGGCCUCUCACUCGUGGCCACCUCCUAAUGGAGUUCACCUGCACAGCUGCGAACUCAAACUUGACAGUGCCCGCAGCCCUUCAGAUCACCUUGGAAAUGAGCUUGCCCCCGCUCACUGUGACCAUCCUGCCGCCCCAAUCGAAGGCUUUCAAGGCGGGGCACUCCUACCAAGUGGCGUGCGUGGUGGUGGGCGCGCGGCCUCCUCCUGCCAUCACCUGGUGGAGUGGUCAUCAACAGGUGCUCGAGGCCACAGUCACGAGCUCAGAGGAAGGUAACGUCACCACAAGCCGUACCUCCAUCACCCCUUCCUCCCGGGACGACGGCUCUUUCCUGCGCUGCCUGGCCGAGACCCACGGAGCGCCAGCCACCUUAGAGGACAUCUGGCCCCUCGAUGUACACUACAUGCCCCAAGCGACGUGUGGCUUCGGGGCAUCACUGGACGUGGCCAACAUCAAGGAAGGUGAUGACGUGUACUUUGAGUGUGCCAUCCACGCUAACCCGAGGACAACGAGGGUCUCCUGGCGCCACCACAACACCCCGCUAGUGCACAACGUGACGGCAGGAAUCAUCACCAGCAACCAGUCCCUCGUGCUGCAGCGGGUGAUGCGGCAGCAGGCGGGUCUCUACUCCUGUAUCGCCAAGAACGACAUCGGCGAGGGUGUCUCCAACUACCUGAGGCUCGACGUGAAGUACGCGCCGGUGUGUUCACCUGGGCAAGUCACCACGUAUGCAGUCGGCAGGUACGAGGACGCGGAAGUUACCUGCUCCGUGGACGCAAACCCACCACAAGAUUCAUUCCAGUGGACGUUCAACAACACAGCGGACACUAUAGAUGUGCCUCAGGGUCGCUUCUCGUCCUCCUCCACUCAUAGCGGUCAUCACCUACACGCCCAUGACUUCCUUGGACUAUACGGGACGCUUCUGUGCUGGGCCGCCAAUGAGAUAGGGAGUCAGAAGGAACCAUGCGUCUUCCACAUUGUGCCCGCUGGGAAACCAGAGUCACCAGGAAACUGCACAGUGGACAGAGGGACGCCCACUUCAGCCAGGGUGCGGUGUGUAGCAGGCGGCAACGGCGGGCUUUCCCAGUGGUUCCUCCUCGACGCAUCUCGCCAGGGUCGCAAGCACGCACUCAACCUCACCGCUCAGGACACUCCGGAAUUCCACGUAACUGGACUCUGGCCGGGGGGAACUUACCAGCUGGCGAUCAGAGCUGCUAACAACAAGGGUCUCAGUACUGCUACUCGCCUCACGCUCGCCAGCGGAUCUAAUGCCUCAUUAUAUCACCUGCACGACGGUCCCUUCGAGGCGGAGGUGCGUGACGCGGGGAACACUCCGGGAGGCGAGGCAGAGGGUGGCAGGGACGGCCUCACGCUCUUUCUGGAUUCUCUCACGCUGCCGUCUGUCCUGCUGGGAUUGCUGGGUCUUGCCUCGGUCCUAAUGCUCUUGUUGAUCCUUCUGGUGCUGAUGGUUACUCUUCGCCGCCGCAGGAUGCCUCAGCUGGUUCCCUUGACGGAGGCCUCGCGCCCCCAGUCCGCCGCCAGCAAGGAGUCAGGCCAAACCCCCGCUAUGCACUCGCCGCAAAGGAUAAGCACGUGUCUGGAGGAGGAGCUGCAGGCGCCUUCAGAGGGAGACACGAACCCUGACCUGGUGGCGGCGCGGAAGGGUUCCUUCAGUGACGGCAGAAAGGAGGCGGGCGUGGCAGCCACCCUCCUGCCUCCUGAGCGCUACCAGUACGAUGCGCUUCCCGGUUUCUUCAGUGGGGCAGCAAGAGGUAGCACGUCAGACCAGCCAGCGUCCCUCUCCCCUGGUGAUCUCCUCCCGCCUGGUCUUCAUGCCUCGUCUGCGUCGCCCAGUAGCCACCACCAGCCCGAGGUGUGAGGAAGAGGACACGAGGCUCCACGUGGCCCGGCUAGGCCAGGGAUGAGAUUCUCGGGCAUCGUGUGCGAGAGGGAAAGGUGCAGAACCACGGCUGGGCAUGAUGGAGGUGCUGCAGAUCUGCUUCAGCCUCCGCUUCCUCCCCGGGGUGCUGUCUGCAGCACGUCAGCGUUGCAGGCCAGGCAAAUUAGGACCAUGUGACCCACUCGCUAACUAGUACCUGACGACCCCUCAAGAAGAAUGAGUCUUGGAAGUGGUGACUCUUCAUGCUGGUGUCUCAGGGCGGAUACAAGCACCAGGUGGAGCAUCACCCGUUUCCCAAGCAGUGUCAAGAAGAGAAUGACCACCAGCAUCACUGCGACUUCACGUCUUUCUGCUGUUUCAUUGUUACUUUAUCACAGUGGACUUGUCGCCUUUCAUAUGGCAGCCCCUGCUUUCCGUGAAGGAAGAGGGGCGGAACUUCAAGUCAAGGAGUUGUGAUCUUGCAACCUGCUAGGAGCAAAAUAAGCCACCAGUCCUUACCUCUGUGUGUGUCUGUGUUUGUGUGUGUGUGUGUGUGUGUGUGUGUGUGUGUGUGUGUGUGUGUGUGUGUGUGUGUGUGUGUGUGUGUGUGUAGGGGAGGGGAGGGGGUGAUGCAAAAGAUUAAGUUAUCUGUCACGCUGCAAGAGAUGACAAACAUACAAUGUACGAGAAUAUAUAAGUACAGAUUGUUCAAAAUUUCAUUAUUAGUCUGUAGAUUUAACUUUUCGUUCUUUUGACUAAACGGUGUAAGUAAUUUUUCUUUCUUUCUUUCUUUCUUUCUUUCUUUCUGUGUUUUGUAACCAUAAACUUUACACAGUAUGUACUGCACACCCUGGUUGUUGCAGUAUCUAGCUUUAAUCUUUGACACAAAAUAUUACUGACGAUAUUUUUAUAUAGACUUGUUGUUAGUAAAUAUAAGUACCACGUUAUGAGACAUGUGCAUUUUGUAAAUAUUUUUAUACAUGAACAUAUCAAUUAAGUAUGUUUUUACUUAAAAUAAACAAUACCA